UGCGGGCGGUGGGCGGUGACCCACAAGCGAUACAGCCUCAGUAGGCAGUACGAGUGCAUGCCUUUGCCUGCCCUGUGCGUUCCAUGUUGUCUGUGACUCGUAAUAUGAUUCGCGCGCGCUAGAUUUGAAUUUAGAAAUUCAUACAAUAUAAGGUUGUCAGUAAAUUCAAGCUGGCUGUGUGAUAUUGUUAGUGCCGUGUAACGUUAAUUCUGUGUCUAGUUGCUUCCUUAUGAUUUUAUUGAAUAAUUGUAACAUGCAAAUAUUAACCGACUGUGAGUGAGUGCAAAUAUUAUUGUGAUGUUCACGGGAUCUGCCUGGUGCGUUGGAUUCUAAUGUGUGGACUAAGGAGUGCUGACAAAUCUUUUUUUAAACAAGUGAUGCGGCGCGUGGCGUGCGGCGACGUGUGUCCCCCGCCGCCGCCCGCGCACCCGCCGGCGCCACUAGCGCUGCACAGGACAUCUGAAAACAAAGAGUUGCUACGUCAGCAGCUCUUGUCAGCCAGUAAGGAGCGUCUUGAAAAACAGGAGUCUCCGAAACCAAAGCACGCUCGCAACAGACAGAAGAAUCGAUGGAAACUUAAGUUCCAUCACCAAGCACUGCCACAGGAGUACCUCGACCACUACGAGCAGAGCUUGCAGAAGGCCAACGCAGCUAAACAGGCUCAGCAGAAACAGAAACCGCCAGAGAAGCCCAAAGUAGAAACUAACUUUGACAUCAACAACUUUACUAACGAGACGUUCAAGAUCUGGGCGCAGAGGCUGGCGGGCAUACAGAAUGAGACCGGCACACUGACUGUGCCGCAGGUGUCUUCAAUGCUCAACAUGGCUGCCAAGCCACCUACCAAAGACGACAAGAAGAAAAAGAAUCCUGCCAUAGCUCCGAGCAAAAUUGUCACGUAUGACGACUUACCGUACAUGGGAGAAAUGACUCUCAACAACUCCAAGCCAAGGAGAGGGCGGAAACCGAAGAAGGCAGACAUCUGUCACUUAAUAUACGAGAACUACGGGACCGUAGUGCCAGGACAACCACCCUCUGCGCAAGAGAGGCUGAACCAACUGAACAUGUGCCCUCCCUUCAAGGGCGGAGACAACCCGCCCACGAGUAACCCAAAAACUGACUUACAGAACAAAAUCAUCUCUAGUUUAUUAGAAAGAAAGUUGUCACAAGAAAAUAAAAAGCGGUUAGAAUCGCUGACUCCACCAAAGUUCCCCAGUCCAGACGAACCAAUGCCGGAAGCUCCGGUCACUAUCGCAGGACCUUUGCAUAGUGACGAUGAACCGUUGAACCUCUGUAUCAGAGACCUCCACGAUCUAAAGAUACAAAUACAAAAGAAGUUUGGAAACAUUUAUUCCUCCCUCCCAGAAGUAAAGACUGAAGCUGAGUCUGAGAGUGCAGAGCAAGACAGUAGUAAGCUCGAGCAGCCUCCCAACGCUAUCUCCGUGAUACAGAGGAACACGAACCUCAGUCCAGUGACUGCCAGCAGCUCGCCCGACCUGUCGCGGCCGCGCAAUGUGUCGCCCACGCUGUCGGAGCCCGCGCAGUCUACGUCCAGCCCCGACAGUGACGGCAAGUUCCCCGGGUACGUGUACUGGCCCAACGCUGGCAUCUACAUGCAUCCCUUAGCACUACAGACGCAACUAUUAUAUUACCAACGGCUAGCGGCCGCCGGCCAGCUACCGUUUAGUGCUGAAGGUGAUAACAGGGGACCUACGUCUACGCCAAACAGUGUUAGUGAAGUGUCAGAGAACUCAUCAAUAGACGAUAACAAAAACAAAUUAGUGCUCAAACAAAUUUCAGAACUGUUAGACCCAAAAGUGAUAAAACAAGUGGAAGAGGCGAAACAAAGUCCCGACCAAAGUAAGAUGAAGAGGGUAUCACCUAACCCCGCGCAGGGGCCAGUGAAACGAAAGCGGUCGGCUAUAUUCAUACCGCCGAUGCCAACCAAGACUAACUCCACCACACCCACCACUGAAGUCAGCAUUUGCAAGUUUAAGUUUACGGGAGGUUCUAAGCCUUCACUUCAAGAGAAAAAGAUGCUCUCCGUCGACUCUGGAGGAAACUUCAGAUACUACAGCGGCACGGGCAAUAAGGGGAACAAAGGUUACGAGUACCUGCAACGUGAUUCUAACCAAGGCAAGAACUCUGCAGCAGCAGAAACGUCUACAUCGCAGCCUAAAUUAGAGGAGCAUGGUACUGCUCUGAGUAAAGAAGACUUGAGUAAAAAGAAGAGAAAGUCUAGGAAGAGUCUGCAGAGAGAAAAACUAGAGCAGACGUUCAAAGAGAAGGGGUUUCUGAUACAGACGCAGCAGUUGCAGUCCGCGGAGGGCGCGACGUAUUGCAAGUUCCGUCAGCUGCGCAAGUUCACUCGGUACUUGUUCCGCAGCUGGAAGGAUUACCUGCCGGGGGAGCUGGAGGAACAGGCCGCGCCCCCCUCCACUCCGCCUUCUGCACCCCCGCCCCCGCCGGCAGAUCCCGCACCAUCCACAGAGUGGGGCUGACCCUAUGAACCCAGAUAUAACUAGGAUGGACCGAGGCCCGUGCCCAGGGAGCACCUGUCUAGGAUGAAAGAACCAAGAUUGUACAUAAUUGUCAAGUAACUCGGAUGCUGGAGGAUUAACAUGGCCGCUCGGCGGUCGAAUAAUGCAUUUAAUAAUUGUGUUUAGUGAGAUUUUAAACUAUUAAUUUGUGUUAUUUUGUUCUUGAUUGCCACUCCGUCCAUAUUGAAUGUUGAUUGUUUAAAGAUGUAUCUUCGCUUCGUGUACAGUACUCGUUGUUAAUUUUAAGGUUGUUGUAUAUUACUGUGUAUGUUGUACUGAAUCCUAGAUUCGCAUAAGAUUGUCAGACCACUGUGUCUGUCUUCAAGUACUGAGAAUGUUUAUUUUAAUAUAUUAAUGCUGUACCUACUCACUGACAGGCCUAUUUAUUUCAUGUACUUACAUAUUAAGUCGAGAUUUUUAAAUUUAAAUUAUAUUACAGCAAAUGUACAAGCGGUGCUAUAUAAUGUUGUUACUGUAUAUACUAAGACAUAGAGAAACUAACAAAGCUAGUCACGUGACACCUCUAACUUAGCUCUAGGUACUGUAGUGUAGGACAAUCGGCAAACUGUACAUAUUUGCGAACCAGAGGCAUUCUAGUCAUUACGAUAAGUUAUACAUUGUUAUUGAUUGCUGCUAUAUAUGUGUUUAAUUCAAUAAUAUUGUUUAUAAAAUGUUUUCUUACUUUUAUAAAAAAAUGAAACCAGACAACUUGUAUACAAUAAACUUUAAUGUAAAGAAAAACACUUGAUUCCGUGAUUAAUAAAAUAUAAAAGAAAUAAUGAAAACAGGAAUGUAAUAUACCAAUUAAAACAUUUAACCGAAACAAUAUCUUGUAUGAUUUAACAACAGACACCCAAAUGAAUGUAGACACUUGACGCAGCUGUGAGAGCUGCGACAGUGGGACAUAACUUUAGAAUAUAAUAAUUUGACCAACAGUUCUACACAAUAUAUAUCGAGUAACAACGGGCCGCGAGCGAGCCUCCACGAGCGAUACAAAAAUAACUAUAAAAUAUACUCUUACACACUAACCUUCAAAAAUCCAUCUAAAACACCUGCCUUGUGUUUUGUGCAAAAACACGUCAGUAAACAAAGGCACAGAAUAUUUAACAUUAAAUAUAAAGUAUAGAAAAGAUCUGCAAUAUAUCGUAAUGCGUUAUUACGUGUUACUUAACAUUACAUGUCCUUAGGAACUACAAAGAUAAAACUGUUCAAGCUGAUUGCUUCAAUAGUUGGACCAUUUAGUUUACAACAUGGUUGCUAACCGGAAUGUCUGCCAGCAGGAAUGUUUAAUUUUGACUGUGUACUGCACACAUGAUUACCAAUUUACAUUUGAGUCAUAAUUGUGCGCAAACGAUUAACAAUUCAACAUGAUGGCUCACAGAUAAUAUCAAAUCUAUAUAAAAAUUGAGAGGUGUUGAUAACCCACCAAUUAGUAGCUACUGAAUUUAUCACAAUACAAAAUGCGAGCUGAGGGUAAGGACCGAGUGACGGGAACUUGUAGACGGUGCCUCUACUACGAGUCUGCUGAUAAUAUUUAUCGAUACUCGAUAGUGACUACGUAAAAUUUGAAUUCCGUAAAUGACAGUUAGAGGCGCUGUAACAUUUUCAUAUAAAAACAAACGGCGUCGCUAUCGAGUAUCGACAGAACACUAUUGCUCUACAUCGGCUCCACACGUUAGCCUGAACGAUGCAGCUCGACAAUAGACACUCUGACAUUGAGGCUAAUACUAUUCUUUAGCUAGACAUGAUGAUGUUGGCAUUAAUCUUGAAGCUAGCUAUGGAGCCGGUGUUGCAGUCAUAGUAGAGGACCUUAUAGUGAGGCAGUAGACAUGACUACGCCUUGAGUACUUGGUGCGCGGCGUUCCGUAUGUGUGGCGCGGAGAUGCCGUACUUGUCGAGCAGCGCGGCGGGCGGGCCGGAGCGCGGCACCUCGCGCACGCACACGUGCUGCGUCACCACGUCGCGCGCCAGCGCCAGCGCCGACAGCACGGCCUCGCCCAGCCCGCCCGCCUGGUAGUGGUCCUCCGCCACCACCACGCGCCCGCCGCACGCCUUCGCGUGCUGCUGGAUGGCUGCCUCGUCCAGGGGCUUGAUCGUGAACGGGUCCAGGACACGGGCUUCGAUACCUGUGGGGAGUAUAAUGCGUGAAAUGUUAUAGCAGGUACACGGGACGAAAUGUUAGGGCAAUUCAAUUAAUGUCCAAUUUUAGUCAAGUUUAUAAAUCAAAUCAGUGUAGUUUACCCUCAGUCUUGAGUUUGUCGGCAGCCAGCAAGCACUCGUGCAGAGUGAUUCCUGCUCCGAUCAGCAACACGCGGUCCUUUGGUGACUGACGGACUAUCUUAGCCUGACCGACCUG